AACGUGUGGUGUCCCCCGCAGCGGUGUAAGGAGAAGCUCAACACGUUGGCCAUCAGCGUCAUGAACCAGUGGCCGGGCGUUAAGGUGCGCGUCACCGAGGGCUGGGACGAGGAGCUCCACCACGCCCCACACAGUCUGCACUACGAAGGACGCGCUGUCGACAUCACCACCUCCGAUAAGGACCGGUCGAAGUACGGGAUGCUGGCGCGGCUGGCGAGGGAGGCGGGCUUCGACUGGGUCUACUACGAAUCCAGGUCUCACAUUCACUGCUCAGUCAAGUCAGAAUCGUCAGCGGCCAGUAAGUUGGGCGGUUGCUUCCCUGGGCAUGGGAAGGUGAGGACACCAUCAGGAGUGAUGCCGGUGUCAGUCAUCCAGGAGGGCGAUGAGGUGCAGGUGAUGCGACCUGACGGUUCACUGAGCUUUAGUCCAGUUCUCAUGUUCCUCCACCGUGACCCUCGAGUGUCCCGCUCCUUUUUAAGGCUCACCACGGCCAGUGGCGCUACCCUCACACUCACCCCCUCACACCUCAUCCUGCUGCUACAGCGUCACCUAUCUCCAACUACAACACCUACCGUUAUGGAUGCCCUGGACCACGGCGGGGUGGUAUUGGCGGGGCGGGUAGAGGCGGGGGACUUUCUGCUUGUCACUGGCCAAGAAGGAGUGAGUCUGGAAGAAGUGGUAGGGAUUCGACAUGUGAUGGGAGAAGGAGUCUUCGCACCUCUCACAGCUGAGGGAACGGUCGUCGUCGACGGGUUUAUAGCUUCCUGCUACGCCGUCAUAGACUCCCAGGCUAUUGCUCACUGGGCCUUCCUCCCUGUCAGGCUAUAUAGUAAUCUGAAGGAGGCAGCUCUGUCUCUGCUGCGUGCACUAGGUGCCCUCACGCCGCCAUUCCCCAGAAAACCUUUUAAAACGUAUAAUGAUAAACACUUGUUCAACGACAGCAGAAACAGCGUGAGGUGGCGAGAAGAGGUUCAUAGCAACAUUGUGGAGGACAUGGAGGCCAUCCACAUCCACUGGUACCCACGACUCCUGUACACCAUUGCCUCCUGGCUCCUGCCUUCACACCUCGUCUACUCCUAGUGAAGCAGUUGCUGUGGCCAAAGCGCCAUGUGUAGUGGAGGGAGUACUGCUGAAGCACCUGGUGAAGCUUGUGGCGCCAACGCUAGGGUUGGUGCCCAGACUAUUAGUGCUGUGCCGGGAUAAGCUUACUGCCAUUAUUAAGUCACGAACAAACACAAAAAGCACGGUAACUAUGAUGGUGAUGGACAUGCCCAGAACUGAACAAUAAACGACAAGGAUACUCCCACCUAAUUGAUUAUGUAUAUUGUUUAUGCAAAUGACCGUCAGAGUAGUGUGCGCUGUCGGAUGUCUGUGAGAAAAAUGCAAAAGUAAAAUUGGUGUCCACAGACUUUUCCAUCUACCCUUGAGGAAGACCUUACAUCUUCGUGUUAACGAGAAAUUUGAACUCUUUCAGAAAAUGAAAAAUUAAUAAAAAAAGAAAGAAAAUCUCUGAUUAUUGUGACAGCUUUAGUGGGCGGUUUCAAGACCUGACAACCAGACUAUCAAAGCUGAAAGUGAUGGCUUCUUGAGUGCUUCAAAAACAGGUGCCAAGACCAAGGAAAAAGAUAAUUAUUUAUAGGUGAAUUUAAAACCAAGGACGAUUAUAAAGCGUUUGAUAGACGCCGACAACACAUAAGAAUAGGAGAGAGCGAUUCCGUUGAAGGAUACAGGAACCCAGGAUAAGGUUGACCUGGGCCAGGGCUUGUGAUAGCCAGGGCUGCCGAUGGCUCCCAUGGCCAAGAAAUGUUAUAAUCUCAGUGACGACGUGGAGGAAGGUGAUACUCUGUACAUUAUGGAAGGCGCGAGAUGUGUGACUGUGCAUGCGUGUGUUUUAGCAGUAUGAAUGGCUGUCAUUGUGUGAGUGGAGUGUUACAUGGCCAGUUAACAGUCAGUGUGAUACAACUACCAGAUCAUAACAUUAAAAUUGCGUGCCAUAGUCCAUGAUGAUGCAUUUAUUCCCUCUGCUCCAUCCAAGUGGCUCGUGUUCAUUAUUGACAACGUAACUCUUCCCACCACCACACUUGGUCGGUCCACAUCAACACCCUCCUCUUUCAUCUUAUAUUCCAUCAUACUUUCCUUGCAAAAACUUUCCUUCCCCAAGACUCCAAGAAACAUACACGUUUGUCCUCCUCAUUACAUCAUAUUAUCUAUCUACUAUCAUUUCUGAGUAGAUCUUCCAUCUCUUUCAUGAUCUACAAUCGUCUUUUUCUCUCCAUUCCUACGCCAUAUUUACAUGUUCUACUCUCGCUCAUUCCCAGUCUUCUUGUAACCACUUCUCUAUCACAACAUUUGUAAUUCUCAUUCUCACCAGGAUAUACUGGUAGCUGUCGUCUCUAACAUGUCUACCCUUUGCCUCACGAUAUGGCUACAUGUCAAACGCCUCCAUAAUAUUUCGCAUUUGUUGUACGCCCAUUGUUUUAUGUAGCUCCCUCAUAACGUGUUGUUCAGUAACUGCUUGUGUGCUGUAUGGCUUUGUGUGUGAUGACCUUGUUGUGUACAUAUGCUGCAUAAAUGUGUAUAUCAUAGUUGUAAUUUACAUAAUUGUAAUUUAUGUUCUGAAUAAACUAUAUAUCAUUGUUUCCCAAUGUAAAUUAUUUGUAAAUAUAUAUAUCUAGCCUUGUGAAAUUACUAUGUGCCACAAUCUAAUACAAACGACUGCAACAGAGCUAUCCUGUAGAUAUACUGUCAUGCUUCUACACAUGCAGUUAGUAGUCAGAAGACGACUAAUCCACAACAACACAAAAUAUUAACACAUUCUGACAUACACUCUCUGCCGCCAUAGGUCCUGCACAACGUACUGAAAGGCAUUGCCUCUUUUAUGUAUGAAUGAAAUAAAGAGUCUGAGAAAAAAGAUGCCCAAGGCAGUGCUUCACUAAUCAAAGACAUAAAUAUAGCUUCUAAAAAAAUAUAUAAAAAUCUGUAACUGAGAAGCUGAUUACUUCCGAGGAGGACAUCAUAAUUGUGAGAUACAUUUUCCUGUCAAUCUGAAAUCAAUAUUGAAUUAGUUAGAUUUCAGAAGUGCUGCCACGGUGCCCUGCGUGAUGGAUACUAAGCUUAAGCGUUAAUAAAUAAUAAUAGUUCAUCUUGAAACGUGGCAUAUCUGAUCUUCCGAAAACCAAAAAUGAUAUAAUGCCGUGAUUCACUGAACAUUUAUAAACCUUAACUUGUGGAUCCUGGGGAGUCUAUUUGGACGACAGGCAGUACAUAUAAUAUUCUCGACUCUGCCAGUCAUUAGGCAGUAAUUAAACAGACCAUAGCGUGUCUAGGAAUAACCCGUUGACAUAUUACGGAUUAUAGAUAUUAACACUUUAAGUACUAGACCUGUGUUGUACAGUAGACAAGACAAUAUGUGCCAACCUUAAUACCAAGAAGAUAUAAGUCGUGCCAAUACAUUGUAUACUUUGUUCUUUGACUUUUUCCUUUGUUCAAGAAAUUGUCAUAUGUCUUUUAGAACUGUAGGUGAGUAGUUGUUAAGUGUUAGCAGCUGUCAGUAACAGUUUAAUAACCCAAUGAUGUCGACAGAAUAAUUAAUAGCAAUUUUUCAAAUAUUUCCUUUCUCACACACACACAAACACACACACACACAUUCCCAAAGAUGGUGGCUAUUCAUAAAUAUAUCGCAGUUAACACUAACCAUAUCACCAUCGAUGAUAUUUUCUCACCUGUUAGGCAUAAAAUUACUCUGUAUUCAUCAAACACUUUGCAAUGAACAAUCAGUUAACUUUAUACAUAUCUUAUCAAACAACCACACAAAGUAACGUAUCAAUAUAAAUAACUGCCACUACUACCCGUGUGACACAUUUUCACCCCUACGAGUGUCCGUCUCUUCUGACAGUGGACACCAGAUUGAUUACAAAAUAUCAUUGAUUUUUCCCUUCCAGUUCGCAAUGUUCAUUUCCGCUGGCACUUGUGCCCAGUAUGCGUCAUUUAUGUCAACAGUGCCAUUGUCAUAAUUUUGCUGUAAUAAACCAUGAUAGAAGACGA